GCUUUUGGGAUGUGACAAAAGAGCUAGAAAAAAAAGAACACUUACUCAUGCUGGGGAUGGAAGGAUAAAAAGGGCGGUCCUAAGUUUCCCUCCCAGACUGAAAUAACGACUUUUUAGUUUUCCAUUCGAUACACAGCUCAAAAACAAAGAACAUGCUCAAAGUCUCUUUGGCCACGUUUGCUCUCCUCUUGGGUGCGUCCUCUGCUCGUGCCCAGUCGUGCUCUGUCCUCGUUGACGACUUUACUGCCAUCCGUACGGGGAGUUUACCUGGCGAGACCGUCGUGCGGGACUUUAAUCUUCUCGGCGGUGACUAUGGCAAGAGUGAUGGUGCUUCCCUCACCUACACCAUCGACACCACCGCCAAGCAUGUUGAGCUGACUGCCGGCGCUACUGAAAACUUUUGGUUUGCAAAGUUUGAUCGUGAUUCGUGCUUUGACCUCGUUACUCCCAAAUACCAAGCAAUUGUCUUUGAUUUAGUCGCCCCCGCUGGAUCUGACUUUACCAUGACCCUCACGCAAAAGACCCCCGACUGUGUAGACCGCGCGGGAGCCAACUCGGACUCGGUCUACGUUCCCCUCACAAAGUACAUCACUCCCAACGGCCAAAAACAAACCGUUACCGUCCCCUUUAGCGAUUUCGCAACCAACUUGGCUGGUCAGCCUUUUGACAUGGUACAUUUGAAGGAUUGGACUAUUGUCGGUGUCAAGCCCGUUGGUACAAAGAUGCAGUUGAGCAAUUUACUCUUGACCCGCGCGUGCAAUGGCACAUUACCAUCCUCGACGGCAUCCACAGUGUCCGCCACUGGAACUGCCACAUCGUCCCUUCCUUCAACCGCCACCGGCACCGCCACUGGCUCCGUUCCUGUGUCCACUGGUAUCCCAUCCUCCUCUGCCGGUGCAUCCUCCUCCAGCACCAAAACUGCCACCGCAACCGAAACUCCCAAAACACCAGGAUCCAACGUGACGAGCGGUGCGAGCGGAUUGGGAGCUAACGGCGUAUUGAUUGCUGCCGCUGCCCUUGGCGUGGCCGUUGCGUUGUGAAAACCUGGAAUAAACAGUUUAUGAUCUGAAUGUGUGAUGAAUAGAAUCGUUUUGUUAGAUGGUUGGUUUCUAUGAUAUGAUAAUCUCUUGGAAAAAAAUAACAAAAAAUAGAUGAAUGUCGCAGUAGGCUGUUGAGUUUUAUAAUGUUGGCUUUCCAGACUUGAAGAGUAUGCAUAAAUGAGGAAAA